CACACACACAAAAAAAGGGCGUGCUGUCGCGAGAGCAGCGUGUCGGGUUCACAGCACUGGAUUGAAGGCUGGAUUGUGCGCCUCUCUCCUCUCCGUCGUUAUUUUUACCGGGACAGCACGAGACUGGAACGGGACACUAGCGGGACCCGAGGCAGAGUGAGAGCAGAGAAGAGAUAUUAGGCUGAACAGAAGUAAAGGACUGUGGAAGGACUGAAGACACUUACCAGAAAGAGACCAAAGCUCUCCAUCGCUCUGUCUCCCUAUUCUCUUUGUUUGUCAUUCUCUCUCUAAUGGGAGUAACUUAGAACACGUUGCUCCAUCUCAUUCCCCUGUCCCUCCCUGGUGACGGGAGCGCCCGGCAGGAUGUGAUGUCGUGGAAGAGGAACUACUUUGCGUCAGGCGGUGGCAGCGGAGAUCCUGGUGGAGGGCUACAGGGACUGAUCACGGCCCCUCGGACUAUGGCCUCCUUCGCCCCGAGUAAAGGCCUUAGCAACGAACCUGGACAGAACAGCUGCUUCCUAAACAGUGCUCUGCAGGUCCUGUGGCAUCUGGAUAUCUUCCGUAGAAGUUUCCGGCAGCUGACCACCCACAAGUGUAUGGAAGACUCCUGUAUCUUCUGUGCCCUCAAGAGUAUCUUUGCCCAGUUCCAGUUCAGCAGUGAGCGUGUGUUACCGUCCGACAUGUUGCGGAGCGCACUAGCCAAGACCUUCCAGGACGAACAACGCUUCCAGCUGGGGAUCAUGGACGACGCAGCAGAAUGCUUUGAGAACCUGCUGAUGCGUAUCCAUUUCCACAUCAGCGCAGAGACCAGAGAGGACAUCUGUACGUCUAAACACUGUAUACCACACCAGAAGUUUGCCAUGACGCUGUUCGAACAGUGUGUGUGCAGUAGUUGUGGAGCCUCGUCGGACCCCCUUCCCUUCAUUCAGAUGGUUCACUACAUCUCUACCACGUCCCUCUGUAACCAGGCGGUGAGGAUGUUAGAGUGUAGAGAGAAGCCCACCCCCAACAUGUUCGGAGAGCUGCUCCGCAAUGCCAGCAACAUGGGGGACCUACGCAACUGCCCGAACCAGGUCAUCCUGGCAUAA